AUGAGCAACAAGAUCAUCACAGUUCUGGGCGCGACGGGCAAACAGGGAGGCAGCGUGGUGAGGGCGCUCCUGACCCAGGGUGGGUACCACGUCCGCGCAGUGACCAGGGACGCCUCGAAGAAGGCCGCGCUAGACCUGAUCGACCUCGACAAGCAGCUGCGGGGCGGCAGCGGCGAGAGCCGGGUGGAGCUAGUCGAGGCGCAGCUCGAUGACGAGGCCUCGCUCAAGCGCGCCUUCGAGGGCGCCUACGGCGUGUUUGGCGUGACGAACUACUGGGAGGGGGCCGACCUGAUGAAGGAGUUCCACCAUGGCGUCCACAUCGCUCACGCCGCCAAGGCAACCAACGUCAAGCACCUCGUCUGGAGCUCGCUCGAGUUCAGCUACGUGCCGCACUUCGUGUCGAAGGCCAUGGUCGAGUCAUACAUCCAGCACCUCGGGGUGCCCUACACGGCCAUCUACUUCCCUGCCUACUACGAGAACCACCUCGGCUUCCCCAUGGCCCCGCGCCGCCAGGCAGACGGCACCUUCGUGCUGAGCAUGCCGAUGGACCCUGACCAGGCUCGCCUGCCGCUCUUCUCCGUGGCCGACUCGGGCGCGUUCGUGGUCGAGGCCCUCAACUACCCCGACCAGUACCUGGGCAAGCAGAUGCGGGUCGCCAGCGAGAGCCUCACCGCGCGCCAGAUAGCUGUCACGUUCGAGCGGGUGACCGGCUUGGCGACGCGCGCGGAGGAGGUCGACCACGAGGCCUUCCAGCGCAGCUUCCCGGGCGCAGAGGAGCUCUACCUCAACCUCAAGUGGUUCGCUGACAACCCGACGGGCCUGCGCGACGUGGCCUGGUCGCACCGCGUCCACCCGCAGAUCAAGGACUGGGCCGGCUUCGUCCACGACCACCUCGACUUCUACAAGAACCUCACUGCUCAGUUGUAG